AGAGUGUAAUAUUGUGAGGUGUUCGCCGUAGCAGUCUGUUGCACUGACUAUGUUGGUUCCAUUGUCAAUAAGCUUCUUGAUGCUUAAGGGGCUCUGACAUGCGCAUAUGCCGCCGAAGGGAGUCACCUGGGUGAUUUUAGCCCCUUUAUCGUAUAAAGCGUUGCAUACUUUCUCGUCCUCGCAAAGAACGAAGCUAGCAAAACCGAGCGGCAGCCUGUUCUCAUCGUUGGGUAUAGAUGGAUCAGCAUUAUACUGUAGUAAGAGCAUGAUACAUCUAACAAAUCUAUUAUAUCUCUCAGGCGUCAGUUCCUCAAACAUACCAAGUCCGCUAUACAUGAGCGUGACGUUGCGAUCCUGUUCAAUGGCCAGAGCGAGCAGUGUGUGCCCUUUCCCGUCAUUGACGUUAGGGUCGAUCCCGGCUACCAGGAGGUUCUCGAGACUGUCAGGGUCGACAUCUUCAAGAACAGAUAUAACAUUCGACAGCGUUCCUAGAUGGCGACAAUGAAAUGCGAUGGAGGUACAUGUUGCUAACAAUU